AUGGCCGACGCUCCCGGUCAAUGCACCGUACUGUACUUUGCGGCCGCCAGCUCCUACACGGGCAAGGAGAGCGAGGUCUUUUCCGCGCCCACGCCGCUUGCCCGGCUGCUCGCGGCCGUCGAGGCCCGUUACCCAGGGAUUCGCGCCAGCGUGCUCGACUCGUGCCUCGUGACCGUCAAUCUCGACUACGUAGACGUGCCCAGCGGUGAUGAUGAGGGCGUGCUUAUUCAAGCGGCUGACGAGGUGGCCAUAAUCCCACCCGUCAGCUCUGGCUGA